GUAUUGUAUGCCUACAAAAUGAGCUCAUUUCUAAUGUGAUAAGAGGAUCGGAGGUGUCUAAUGUCGAUGAUGGAAUCCGUGUACUCAAAUCUCGAUGUAAAAGUAAGAAAGUCCUCGCUCUUCUUGAUGAUAUGGAUGAUACUACUCACUUGGAUGCUUUGGUCGGAGACGGUAGUUGGUUUAAAGUGGGAAGUAUAGUCAUUAUCACAACUAGAAACAAGAGUAUUCUUGACAAGGUUAGGGCUAGCCACUUAUAUGAACUUGAACAGUUGCCUCCGAAUCAAUCGUUGAUUUUAUUUAGUAGACAUGCAUUUCGAAAUGAUUUUCCUCCGAGUGAUUAUAAGCACAUCUCUCAUGAUAUUGUAUCUAUUACUAGGGGUCUUCCUUUAGCACUUGAAGUUAUAGGCUCAUACUUAUGUGGAAAGACAAAGGCAACAUGGAAAGAUACAUCAGAGAAAUUGAAGAAAAUUCCUGCUAAGGAAGUGCAAGAGAGGUUGAAGAUAAGUUACGACGCAUUAGAUUAUGAAGAGCAACAGAUUUUUUUGGAUAUAGCAUGUUUUUUCAUUGGAAUUUCUAAACAAAAUCCGACUUAUAUGUGGGAUGCCUGUGGUUUUUACCCAGGGAAAGGGAUUGAAGUAUUAAGUCUUAUGUCCCUAAUUAAAAUUGGCGAAUAUGGCAAGUUAAUGAUGCAUGAUCAACUGAGAGAUCUUGGAAGGGAAAUUGUUCGUUUAGAAAAUCAAAAGGAGCCUGGAGAACAUAGUCGGUUAUGGAUUGAUGAGGAAGCCAAAAAUGUACUUGAGAGCAACAAGGGCACUUGUAAGAUUGAGGCCCUUCGUCUUGGCUAUAAUAGACGGAAUAGAUGGGAAAGCGAUGAUGAGGAAAGCUACCGAGGUGAACAGUUUAACGAAUUCACCAACUUGAGGUUCCUUCAAUUGGGCAAUGUGAAUUUUACUGGAGAUUUCCAAAACUUGCUUCCUCAAUUAAGAUGGCUUGACUGGAAGACUUGUCCCUGGGAUUUUGAAAUUGUCAACUUUCACCCAAAGAAAUUAGUCGUGCUCAAUCUAUCAGGUAGUGAGAUUUCGGAGGACUGGGGAGGAUGGGGCCCACUCAAGGUGGCAACUAAUUUGAAAGUUCUCGACCUCUCGAGUUGUCAAAAUCUGAGAAGAACUCCUGACUUGUCUGCUUUCGAAAGCUUGGAGAUUUUGAAUCUUGACCAGUGUUGGAGUCUAGAAGAAAUUCAUCCUUCUGUAUGGUAUAUUAAGACCCUUGUCUCCUUGGACGCUUAUGAGUGUCAAGAACUAGAGAAGCUACCAGUAAGAGUAGGGAGAAUGGAAGAAUCGAGAGAGCUUCCAUGCUAUGAUAAACUUGCUCAGCUUCCUGAAUCCAUGGGUUCCUCUGAGUCAUUAACUAGGCUGAGCUUAUCUAUUACAGGGAUUAAAGAAUUACCUGAAUCCAUUGGUUCUAUGAAGGCGCUAGAGACUCUUUGGGCCAAUGGGUGUAAAUUAGAUUGCAUACCCAACUCCAUAGGCAAUCUAACAUCUCUAACUAGCCUUAACCUAUCAUGGUGUGAUUUAGAUUGCAUACCCAACUCCAUAGGCAAUCUAACAUCUCUAACUUACCUUAACCUAUCAGGGUGUAAAUUGAGAGAGAUCCCUAACUCGAUUGGAAAGUUGGCAAAACUCCAAGUGUUGCAUGUAAAUGAUUGCAAAAUUUGGAAGGAUUGCCUAGUGAUAUAGGCGAGCUGGUUUCGCUAAAUAAGCUUUAUUUAGACAAUUCGGGCAUUAGGGGCUUGCCGGAGAGCAUUUCGAAGCUCUCUUCUGUCCAGUGUCUCGACCUUAGUGGCUGCGAAAACCUUCGAGAAAUACCGGAACCGCCCUUGAGCUUAACAGCUCUACAUAUCAAUUUCCCGACUCCAUCGUUGCCAUUUCUUUCUAAACUAACCCUUCUUCAGGACCUCACUCUUUUCGAUCUCCAUCCUCUUGAAUGUCUCUCAGAGUUUCCCGUCCGACUAUCGACGCUUCAUAUUAUACCUAGUUCUUCGCUGAACGACGAUAUGAGGGAUUUGGAGAAGCGAUUAUCCGAAUUGAUUCGCGACAAGUCCUCCGGGGGAAGAGAACUCACUGGAUCCAAUUGGACAUAUACUAAUCCCAUCACCGGGCGAAGAGAACUCACUGAUCUCACUGGAUCCAAUUGGACAUAUACUAAUCCCAUCACCGGGCGAAGAGAACUCACUGGAUCCAAUUGGACAGAUACUGAUUCCUUCAGGUACCAAAUUUUCAUCAGCUACCAAAUUGGUGAGGCAACGAACCCGACCAUUGCAAAAUCAAGCGAAGAAGGAGACCCUCUUUCUCUCUCUGUCUCGGCCGUAUAAAUUUCGGCGACCGAACCCGACCAUUGCAAAAUCAAGCGAAGAAGGAGACCCCCUCUCUCUCUCUCUCUCUCUCUUG